AUGGGUAAACGAUAUCUCGCAGAUGUUCUGGAAACUAUGGGUGAUCACGUCGAUGGGCUCAAAUUUGCAGGAGGAUCAUUCGCUCUUUUCCACAAUAAGCAAUUGUCCGAGUUGGUCGAUCUCGCCCAUGAGCAUGGCGUAUACAUCUCAACGGGCGGUUGGGCCGAACAUCUUCUCACGCACCCUGACCCGAAUGCCAUAUUUGACCGCUACUUGACGAAGUGCAAGGAUAUCGGACUCGAUGUGGUCGAGCUAUCUUCUGGAUUCCUAUCAAUCCCAGAAGAUGACUGGCUCCGACUCGUUGACAAAGUCCACUCAUAUAGACUGGAGGCGAAGCCUGAACUGGGGAUUCAAUUUGGAGCUGGUGGAGAUACACCUGCCGGUGGCCUCGAAGCCAUUGGAACUUCGGAUCCUGGCAAGUUGGUGAAUUUGGGUCAUAGGUUCCUUGAUGCUGGUGUGAAGCGGUUGAUGAUUGAGUCCGAGGGCAUUACGGAGAAUGUCACGUCCUGGCGGACGGAUGUGGUGUCGAAGAUCAUGAAGGAGCUUCCUUCUGAGCGGAUUAUGUUCGAAGCUGCUGACCCUAAGGUGUUCAAUUGGUAUAUUCGUGAGUUCGGCAUCGAUGUCAACUUGUUUGUAGAUCACAGUCAGAUUGUGCAGUUGGAGUGUUUGCGGUCUGGUAUUUGGGGAACUGCAGACACAUGGGGCAAGAUAGUGUCAUUUCGUUGA